AUGGGUGAAGGAGAGCAGCGCACUAUACACCCCUUUUUCACAAAGAGAAGUGCCAACCAUGAAAGCUCCAAUGAGAUACGCAAGGAACAAUCCUCACUUCAGCAAAUGCUACCCGUUGUACGCCCGAUAGCCCCGCAAGGCACCACACUUGACGAAGAUCCAAACUCGAGUCGAAGGAAGCGGAGGAAGACGGAGCCUUUGGAAGACUCGGUCUCCGUGCAGCCAGGGCUGGAACAAUCCGGUCAGCUGGGGUUCGACAGCACGGACUCCAGAAUCAUCGCUGGGGCUGUCCACCAUUCUGAUCAAGGCCUGGGUCUGACCAAUACCAUCUCAGACUUGGAGAAUAAUGCUGGAACGUCUGCAUCACAUAAGUCUGUAUCGGGAGUUCCCAACGUAUCGGGUUCCACGAAGGAUGAACCAUCGACAACAACUACCAGCUUGCCGACUACCCCUCCCAAGAAGACCUUGAAGCUCAAUGCCAAUGGAAAGUUACUCAGCUCUCCUGCAGAAAAUACGGAGGUGAAAGGCCAGAAAAAAGGAGCUGGGAAACGCAAAUCAAUGUCUAAGAACAAAAAGAAGGGUCAGGAAUCGAAGGUUGUGGUGAUGAAAUAUGGUGCGGCCAAGAGUUCAAAGGAGGUGGUAGGCAAUCUGAUCAAUACGAUCUUGGCUGGUGACCACAGGCACGUAACUUCUCACCACGUCAAUGCCCCUACGAGCAAGGAGAAGCCUCAAAAGCCUACACACCCCUUCUUCCUCAGCAGAUCGGUUCGCAAAACAGAACAAUCGCCUGGGCCUACGUCCACGCAGCAGUCUUCGCGAACCGGUUCUCCUAGUGUCUCAGCGGAUCGCCAACCAGAGAGACCCCAGAAACUGUUCCCUCUAUCCUCAAAGUCACCUUUCAUAAAGGUCCCAGAUCCUGUUGAGUCUCUAUGGCCUCCUCAGCAUUUCGCGCAUGUUAGAGGUCUCGAAGGGGAUAUAAGUGAGCUGUUCAGCGACCGUUUAGACCCACAGUCAGACCGGAGGAAGGCAAAAACAUCUGUUGUAAGCAUCGAUGAUUCGGAUAAUGUCCUCCUGCGUAGGCUACGCAAGGCUCAUAGAUCGCCAACUGCCGUUGAUCGAGCUGCUUUGCGGAUACCGAAAAGACACAUCGCGAGUGGUACGGUUUUACAGAAAGCGAUACAGAGCCAACUAUCAGACUCUACUUCAUCAACCCCUGGUCAGGUCAGAAACACACCGCCAAAAGCAUGCCAUCCCGCCAUCAGCAGACUGAAGUCAUCGAUACGAUCUACAAUGACUCCCUUCGACAGAGGAGAGUGCGAGACUUUACCAUGGACCCAGAAACAUGCUCCAGUUUGCGCAGAAGAUGUCCUCCAGGUCGGACCAGAGGCGGUUAUGCUGCGGGAUUGGCUACGAAGACUCACGAUCUCUGCGGUUGACAGGGGGCAGUCAGGUAGGGAGAACCAGAAGCCGAAGCAGGGGAAGGGAGAAUCUGGUGGGAAGCGAGUAAAGCGGCGCAAACGGGCGGAAAAGCUAGACGGGUUCAUUGUCUCGAGUAGCGAUGAGGCAUCGGAGAUGGACGAGGUGACCGACCCUGAAGAGGACGAACUUGCCGGUGGUGUGACAGUCAAUUCAAAGAGGACCGUUAUUAGAGCUGGAGAUGUUCAGGGCCGUCCAAGAGACAAGACACGGUUGACGAACGCGAUAUUGCUCAGCGGCCCGUCGGGAUGUGGAAAGACGGCUUCUGUGUAUGCCGUUGCGAAGGAACUAGAUUUCGAGGUCUUCGAAAUCAACGCCUCCAGCCGCAGAAGCGCACGAGACAUGGUUGAAAGGGUUGGAGAUAUGACUCAAAACCACCUAGUUCAUCGCCUCCAUGAAGCAGAGGACGCGACCCAGCAUGCCGAAUUGGAAAGUGCAAAACAAAACAAAGUGAACAGUUUCUUCAAAGCCACUGCUACAAAAGCCAAGAAGACCAGUGAACGGGCAAAGGGAGACAAGAAGCGUGCAACAGAGACGCCUCCGAGGACUACUCGCAGCCAGAAGCAGUCGUUGAUCCUCUUGGAAGAAGCCGAUCUCCUUUUCGAAGAGGACAAGCAAUUCUGGACCGGAGUUAUAACUCUCAUCAGCCAGUCGAAGCGUCCUAUCAUCAUUACCUGCAACGAUGAAAAGCUCAUACCUCUCGAGGAUCUUUCCUUACACGCCAUUCUGCGAUAUCGCAUGCCUCCUCGGUCCCUUGCGGUAGACUACUUGCUCUUGGUGGCUGCGAACGAAGGCCACAUGCUGAGCCGCGACGCCGUUGCAGACCUGUAUUCCGUUUCCAAGCAGGACCUCCGAAGGUCUUUAACAGAGCUUGAUUUCUGGUGUCAGAUGGCGGUGGGCAGUGAGAAAUCUGGACUUGACUGGAUAGUCGAUCGAUACCCCCCCGGACGUGAUGUGGAUUCCCGUGGCGAUACUGUCCGGGCGAUCAGUCUGAACACCUAUCAGCGUUUCAUGGGCUGGUUCAAUCGCGAUAUGAUCCUCGAGAAGGACGAGCCUGAUACGGAAAUCGAAUUGAUGGCGGAAAGUCAAGCAUGGUGGCAGCUCAGUAUACAGGACUCGGAAGAAAUGGUCGAUCCGUCGUCCUUCCAACUGGAGGACACCGGGAUGCAAGAUGCGGAGGGCAAGGCCAGCUUGAUCUCCCUCGAAUCGUUGCGUCGCAUAGAUGACGCAAUAGAGAUGAGGAGCGCCCUUGAUAUCCUCUGCUACCAUAGCUCCUUGCAACCAAAUGAGGACCAUCUUGACACUUCCUGUCCGCCCAUCACGGAAAAACAACGGACUGGUUACAUCGAAGGUUACCCGCUAUUGCAGGCAGACACCAUGCCCGACUACACAUGGCUUUCGACUAGUAUUGGAUCGACGCUUGACGUGCUCACGAGGAGGAUCUACUACGGAGCGAGUUCCGACAGUGAAGACCUGACCGCGCGCAAGGUGUUGAAGAAAACCAGCCAAGUUCGGCCACCUUGUAGAUCGAGGCCAGAGCUUCUCGCGGCGUUCGAACCCAUCAUGCGGGCAGAUAAUAUCUUUCCUGCACCGACUGGACGUCUAGCGCCCUCCUUUGAGAACGGCACGGCCAUCAUCUACGAGGAUCUGGCGCCAUAUGUUCGCGGAAUUGUGGCCUUUGACCUCCGCCUGGAGCGGUAUCGAUUGAAGCUCAGCGGUCUUCUGUCCCAAGGAGGCAGUGGCGCGAAGAGGAUGAGGAAGACGAGAGCCAGUAGAGCUGCGCUCGAAGGCGGCGACAAGGCGAAUACGCGCAAAGAGCGAUGGUUUCCGGCGGACGUGCAGCCCAGCCGGAUUCUUGCCACUGGAAAUGAAGAGUGGCAGAGCGUGCUGGUCCAAAGCGGGCAUUUCAACGUCGCGCCCAUGGCAGCCGUGGGAGAAAGCAGGGAGUCUGUCGACACUGCAUCUGAGACUCUCUAUCUCUCUAUCUCCCUCGCCUUCCUGCGAUCCUGCCCUCGCACGAUCGCAAUCCUCUCCAGCCAGCUACACUCGUCUCUUUUCUUUUCCCAAAUGUCCUUAUUCGGGACAUCCCCGGAGGAGUCUUCCCCCGGUAAUUCCGUGCUCCGAUCGAAAUCCUCCCUGUUUGCUGACGACGCGGGCUUCGGCGCGGGGUCCGGAUCGUCUCUCUUCGCUGAUGACGCCGGCGACGAUUCGCCCUGGAGCAACAAUACCAUCCCCAAACGAGCGGCGCGGCGGGACCUGGUGAAGACGCUGCUGCCGGCGACGGAUGUGCCGGAGAGCUAUAUCGAUGCCUACGAUCUCAUCCUGAAUUCGGGGCCCAGGGUCGGUGCCGGCGUGGGCCUGACGGGCGUAAGGGAGAUAUUGGCCAGCAGCGGGCUGAAUGCGACGGAUCAGGCGCGCAUUUUGAAUCUCGUCGUGCCGGGGGAGCAGGAGAAUGAGAAUGGGUUGGAGCGCAACGAAUUCAACGUUCUGUUGGCGUUGGUGGGAUUGGCUCAGGAAGGGGAGGAUAUUACGUUGGAUUCGGUGGAUGAGCGGAGAAACAAGCUGCCGCAACCCAAAAUCACUUAUCUUGAUCGGUUGAGAGAUCAAGGCGAUCAUAACAAUCAGUCCCAGCCGACUCCACAGCGAGUGAUCGCUCCGCAGGAGCCAGGUUCCUCUCGUUCUCAACGUCCGCGGGGGCCUUCUCUAGGAGGCCUGGAAUCUGAUCCCUGGGGUAGCCCAGAUCUGCACCGGAAUCAUAAUCAUGCUCAGGGGAGUGAGAAUGCGCCGGCAGUGAACGGUUACGGGAGCUUGCGGUCCGCUGGCGAUCGCUGGGUGAACCAGGGAGCGGGUUACAAUGAUCAGACGGGGUCUACAAAUGGUGCUGGAGUGAACGGUCAAGCAGAUACUGCGCCUCCCAGCACCUCGGGAUCCAGCUGGGGAGGUGCAGGCGAUGGCUUCCCUCAUCCUGAACAAUCGGGACUGGGCGAGUUCGGUCAACUGGGAGAUGAACAAGGAGGAUCAAACCCUCCGCGACGGUCAAUUGGGGGAGGUCGCGUGAAAGGGACUGGACCGGAGGAAGUGAUCACAGUUACUCUGCUCCCAGAGAAAGAAGGCCUGUUCAUGUUCCAGCACCGGAAUUACGAGGUCAAGUCGGCACGGAGAGGAAGCUCUGUGGUGCGGAGAUACAGUGAUUUUGUCUGGCUUCUGGAUUGUUUGCACAAGCGGUAUCCGUUUCGCCAGCUUCCCCUUCUUCCUCCUAAGAGAGUUGCAGUCAAUGGGACUCACCUUGCAGCGGAUUCAUCCUCCUUCCUUGAGAAACGCCGUCGGGGACUCGUCCGCUUCGCAAACGCCCUCGUCCGUCAUCCGGUGCUCAGCCAGGAGCAAUUGGUGGUUAUGUUUUUGACGGUUCCUACAGAACUGUCCGUCUGGCGCAAGCAGGCGACCAUUUCCGUGCAGGACGAGUUUGCCGGCAAGGCUCUUCCACCCGACUUGGAGGACUCGCUGCCUCCCAACCUGACGGAAUUGUUCGACACCGUGCGAGCAGGCGUCAAGCGAUCGGCGGAAAUCUAUAUCAACCUUUGCACCUUACUUGAGCGUCUCGCGAAGCGCAAUGAGGGGCUCGCGGCGGAUCAUCUCCGCUUUUCGCUGGCGUUGCAGUCCUUGACUGAAGUGACGAAAGACACUUAUGCUGUCGACACGGACGAUGUCCCGCUGCUGAAUGAAGGAAUCAGCGCUACCGCCAGACACCUGUCCGCAAGUCAGACUUUGCUAGAAGAUGAGGCCAAAGCCUGGCACGACGGUGUUCUGGAGGACCUGAAGCGACAACGGGACUGUCUAGUCAGCAUGCGCGAAUUGUUCGAUCGUCGAGACCGAUAUGCCCGCGACAACAUCCCUCAGCUGGAGCGGCGUAUCCAAAACAACGAGCGGAAACUGCAGGAUUUGCGAAAUCGGCCAACAGAGCGACAGGGGAAGCCAGGAGAAUUGGAAAAGAUUGAGGACGCAAUCUUCAAGCAUGCGCGCGGGGUGUUUAUCAAGGAGUGCAUCCGGGACGAGCUCAUCUACUUCCAGUCGAGCCAGUACCAUAUCAGCCAUCUGCAUCAGGACUGGAGCCAGGAGCGAGUCAAGUACGCGGAGCUGCAGGCGGACAACUGGCGGACGCUGGGCGAGGAAGUCGACAGCAUGCCCACGGGGGAGUGA